AUGGGAUCAGCGGCGCUGGUGGGCCUCCCCCAGGCGAUCGCGCUGGCACAGCCACGCGCACUGCCCCAGUUGCCGCACACGCUCGACCUGAGCUGCCCCAUUCCUCUGCCGACAAACAAGGCGCGUGUGCCGUGGCCAUGGCCUGUCGCGGGCCCGAGUUCCGUUCCGGACGAGCAGCUUGACGUGUUCAUAGCGAGGCGGUACUACGAGACGCUCUAUCUCAGCGACACACUCGCCCCCUUGGCCGGCUUUGUGGCCGACCUCGAACGCGUCCUCCCGGCCGAUAGCGGCGCUGCACUUGUCCCACACCUCCUUGCUCUGGGUGAUAUCGAAGCGCGUCAUCGCAAGACGCUCGCACCAGUGGUUAGCGCCGCGCUUCAGUCGAGCGCCGCGGUCGAGGAGGCAGUGUCAGCAGAGCACCAAGUUCUCGCCGUUGCGGUCGACCUCCGUGCCAAGAGCCGCGCGGCGGUGGAAGGCGGGCGCGUGCCGCGUGCCAAGGCGUUGACGGAAGAGUUUGAACACCGAGAAGUGCUUGUCCAGAUCAUCUCCCUCCUGUUAUAUCGAACGAGGGAAGGCAAGCGGACUCAGGAGGAGAGAGCUCAGGAGAAGGAAGCAAAGAAGGAAAGGAAGAAGCGCAAGCUCUCUGGACCCGUGGAAUCGCCACACCCAUCAAAAGACCCCGAUCUUGCUCUCGAGCUCCUCGCGGACCGUGUGAGCGUCUGGCAGGUCAUGUCGCAGCUAGACCUUGGCGGCCUUGGCCUGCCCGAAUCACAGCCAAAACCUGACCCCGCGGGUGGGAUGGCCGCGGUCAUCAAGAAGUUCUGGGCCGAUGUCCUCGUGCCCUUCUUCAUCCAAAAGCAGCACUCGUUCUGCGCCUCGUUCCAUGUCAAGGUGUUCGGUGCGGAGCUCCCCGCCGAACUCGUUCAGAAGAAGCCCCGAAAGCCAAAGGUCACACGUAAACUGUCUCUGGACGCAAGGGACGAUGAGCCGAAUGCGGUAGCCAACCCGCCAGCAAAGCUCCGACGCACCGUGUCCCACGCACCACAUACAAGCACGCGGAGGCCAUCAUCGCCAGAACGUGGCCGCGACGCCAGUCUCCAGCAGCACCGCGAACGCACAAUCCAGCGGUCAAUGUCGCGUGUCUCAGACCGCACCGACCGAUCGCGCACAGUCGAGGGUGACCUUUCGCGGCGCUCGCGCUCCAGCUCCAUCGACCCGGCGCCCGUCAACCGACCCAAGCCGAGCAUUGUGCGCGCGCCGAGCGGCAAGGACCUCUUCAAGGGUCGCGAGGUCGGCCUCCUCCGUCGUUCGAACAGCGUUCGGCUGCCUCCGACCGAUUCGCAGAGCCAGAGCCAGAGUCAAAGCCAGCCAGGCCGUGGCCUCUUUGGCCGCCGCACAAACUCGACCCAGCUGCCUCCGCAAUCACAGACUCAGUCGCAGUCUCAAUCUCAAUCUCAGACCUCUGCCGAGACGCUAGUCCUCGCCACGCCUGCCAAGCCCAAGCACAGUGCCUUCUUCGCGCGUGCACACACCCAGCAGUGGCACCCGACGCCCAUUCGCGAGGAGCCGAGUUCGGCGGAGAGGAGCUACAGCUACGUUGCCGAGACGCCUGGGCGCCGCAGUGCGAACGGCUCUAGUGUUGCUGAGACACCGCGAGGUAGCUCACACUCGCGCGUGGCUGAGACACCGGCACAAGGCGCGCGUUCGGUGGCCGAGACACCGAUCGGUGGCAGCCGUGUCGCUAGCACACCGCUGGGUGGUGGUGCUGUCGCAGACACGCCUCUGCGCGGCGCCGAGAUCGACUACGACGACGACGACCUCGGAGCUCUCAUGGUGCCGACUGACGAGGAAGAUGAGGGCGAGGGAGAUGACGGCGACCACAGCCAUGGGUUUGGCGGGCUGCUUGCCCCAGAGACCCCACGCAAGGGGUGGUAG